ACAAAGUGCGGUGCAAGGAUGAGCGAAGCGAAGAAAAUGAGGAUGGAUUCUGCGGCGGGUAAAGGAAAUAAUGGGCCACGGAAAGGUAAACCCGGCAAGCGGAACUACUACAACAAGUCGACGGCGCGAUUCAUGCAGCCAGGCCAGCGAGGAUUCCUCGUAACGUGUAAUGGCCGGUUGCACGACUGCAUUCGCGAUAGCUACCGCAUCCUGAACGAGUAUGCGGACCUCCUGUACGGUGCCACUCCGGACCCCAACGAAGCUGAACCGGCGGCCAAUGAAAAGUCUGGCGACGAGAGCGAAGAAGAGGACAUCUCGGUGACCCUGCAGAAGGAAGCGGCAGCGGCCGGCAUUAAGAAGCCGAUGCGCUUUCAAAACGUUGAUAGCGGGGCCACAAAUUGCCUGUUCAUCCGGACGACACUGAAGCAACCGACGGCACUGGCACACAAGGUGCUGCAGGAUUUGAGCGCAACGAGAAAGGCCAAGUCACGCUUCAUCCUGCGUAUGGUCCCGAUCGAGGCGGUCUGUCGGGCUAACCUGAAGGACAUAAUUGACACCGUGGGUAGCUUGAGCGAUCGGCACUUCCUCAAGGAACCGAAAACGUACGCCAUCAUUUACAACCAUCGGUUAAACAACGAGCUGCCCCGGGAUGAUGUGAUCCGUGAGCUGGCCGAUCUCAUAUCAUCCAAAAACGCGGGCAACAAGGCGAAUCUGAAAAACCCCGAACUGGCAGUCAUCGUCGAGGUGAUCAAAGGACUCUGCUGUAUCGGCAUCGUGCCCGAGUACUACGCGUUGCGAAAGUACAAUUUAGCGGAAAUUGUUGCUCAGCAACCGGCACCGGCCGCCAAAGGAGAUUCCGCAGCGGACGCUAAGCCCUCAGCAGAGAAACCAAAAGAAGUAUCAGAGGAACCAGCGGCAACAGUCACACCGGAGACGGUGAAAGAAUAAGCAGUUUAAUGGAAACCUUCUUUAUUUUCCGUUUUUUCAGGAGAUAAUACAACGAAAAUAAAAUGUAACGUUAGUUGUGUUGGGAAAACGUGAAA